AUGGCUUCCGGCAAGUCGACCAAUAUACCCAUCUUUCAAAUCGCGACCCAAUUUCUAACCGGCGGAGUUAUAGACAAGGAGCACCCGCUCGAAGGCGCAGUCAUUUGCUUCACGUCGGUCCCACUAGAGCAAAGGACUCAACUCAUCAGAAUUGCAAAGGAAAUGGGCGCAUCUGAACGACCCGACUUAACAUCGGACGUGACCCAUCUACUUGUCGGGGCGACGGACUCCCCAAAAUAUAAGUUUGUGGCCCGCGAGCGGAACGAUGUGGCCGUUUUGAAGCCAGAAUGGAUCGAAGCCGUACGACAAUCAUGGAUGCAGGGAGAGGACACCGACAUUCGGGCGUUGGAGGAAGAAUAUAAAGUACCCGCAUUCUUCGGUCUCACGAUCUGUAUUACCGGAUUCUCCGAUAUGGCCUUUCGGACCAAUAUGCAUGACAGCGCCGUACAAAAUGGAGCCGAAUUCCGCAAAGACCUGACCAAAAGCGUCACACAUCUUAUCGCACGAAACACGGAGGGUGAAAAAUACAGAUUCGCAACGCAAUGGAAUAUCAAGGUUGUGACGGUCAAGUGGUUCCAUGACUGUCUCGAGCGCGGAAUGACCCUCGAUGAAGAAAAAUACCACCCAAUGCUGCCACUGGAAGAGCAAGGCGUGGGGGCAUGGAAUCGAUCUUUCCCGCCGGCGAAGGCACAGGCGGGGAAAGAAAGGUCUUCUGCCAAGGAUAGUUUGUCAAAUCCACGGCCUAGGAAGAAGUUGCGCCGAACUGCAAGUACCAAGUUGGUGGGUCAGAACGAGAAUAUUUGGGGAGACAUCAUGGGCGCGGGCUUUGCAAAUACCGAGACGACGGGAUCAGGAAGCGGCCAGACAGGAGAACUCGAGGCCGAGAAGCCUAAACCUUUCAUUCAAGCCGCAAAAUCGUUUGCGAGUGAGACAACCUUCAACGAAACCAUGGACAAUCGUCAGCAGCCGGAGACACAUUCGAAGGUACCGGAAGGUUUUCUCGAUGGGUCCUAUUUCUUCAUCCACGGGUUUUCCUCUAAGCAGAUGGGCGUAUUGCGGCAUCAUCUUCAAUUCAACGGAGCUCAGUGUGUGGAAUCAUUGAGCGAGUUCUCUCGCCCGAGCAUACCAAAAACUGGCCAAGGACUGUACAUCAUUGUACCCUACAAAACCCCCAGAUCAGAGAUCCCAUCGACCGACGACCUGGCUUUUGAGUGUGAAGUUGUAACCGACAUGUGGCUAGAAAGGUGCCUUGAUGCCAGAGCACUGGUCCCGCCAGAAUCACAUGUUGCGAGCACACCGUUUCCGAAAUUUCCUCUCCCAGGGUUCACGGGCAUGCGGAUAUGCUCUACUGGCUUUGCGCGUAUCGACCUCCUGCACCUCUCCAAGCUUGUUGAAUUGAUGGGGGCUUCAUAUGAUGAAUAUCUUACAUCCAACGCCUCCGUAUUAAUAUGCAACGACCCCCAAUCUGCUAGUCAUGAUAAACUACGACACACAUAUGAAUGGGGAAUUCCAGCAGUAUCUGCCGACUGGCUGUGGAUCUCCAUUCAAUCUGGUCAGAAGAAACCAUUUGAGCCUUAUACCGUCCGAAGACAGAGAGCUCAAACCAAUGGCAGCAUUUCAAAACCAGGCGCCAAGGAAAGGCAGUCACAUCUCAUAGGCAAACCGCGGGACGAACAUUCUAGAGCAUCAACGGAAUCUUUUCAGAGGGAGACAACCGAUAAGCUCGUACCAGCAAAAAACAGCAACACUCGAAUGAUGCCUAUCAUUGGCGACGGAUUCUCUAAAGAAGAGGAUCCCUAUAAAGCACCCUAUGAAGCACCCAAACCCUCAGUACCAGAAUCACGGUCUCCCUCGCUGGACAGGCCAGCAGACAAUCCGCUAUCCGAAGACCAGACUUCCAAUCAACCGGCACCAGACGAGGCGACUCCGGCCGCCCCAUCCGCGCUGGACACGGCACUCAAAGGACUUCUACAGCAAGCACAAGCCGCUAAAACGCGACAGCAAAGCGAGAACGUCUCUACCAACGAAAACGACAGCUACCCACCUCGAAGGAAACGCAAGCCCCUCUUAGGCCGCGCACCAUCUCAUCCUUCCGCAAGACCAGAGGCCAUAGUCAAUCCCUCUCGCGCCAGCUCAAUCGACACACUCAACGACGACGGCCUAGGCAGCGCCCUAGAAAGCGCCAACCCGAGCCGCGAUAACUCACUAUCCCGCACCAACAGCCGCAACGACCAAAGCCUCUCGUCCUUUUUUAGCGGCGGGAAAUUCGACUUCCUGACCGACCGACUCCCAGCCCCGAUUGACGGCGAAGAUGAAGAGAAUCAGGAACCUCAAAUGACCCAGCUGGACUACGAGGAUGCCGAUGCGGCGGCUAUGAGAGCGGAGUUUCUGCGGGAUGCUGGCAAGGAUGUUGGGAAGCUUAAGAAGCCUGACACUCUACUUGGUCAGGUUCGUGAGUUGGAGGAUAUUGGGUGGGGGUCUGGGCGGAGGACGAGGAAGCAGCCUCCUAAACUCGAUGAUGAGUGA